CAGUUAGUUUCAAUCGCUCGUAUAAGUCGGACGUGUUCACGCACCGCUCGCGCUCCUUCGCACGCAACGCCAGUCACACGUAUACACACGUGUUUGUUACGUAUGUAGACCGAUUCCGCGACUGGUUCGUGACGAUAAAACUUUGAAGUCGCUUCUUCAGUCAAGCGCACCCGCUCGAACAAGCCGUAGACGUGUUCUAAAAUAAAUUCUCGCAAGCCUAUUAUUGUUUAUUCGAAUCCCAUUGAGCCACGUGCUUGAAGAACAUUCACGUGUAACAAUUCGAUACUUUUUCAAUUUUUCUCAAGGCGAUUCGCGCCGAGCGAGACCUCGAGGUUCGAAACGCGCGCUAACGCCGCCGGCUGAUCACGUGGUACGUCAUCGUAUCGACCAGCGGUGCGGCCGCCGCGCCGAUUGGCCCGGCCGGGGGACACGUGACCGCGCUCAACGUCAGUCCGGAGUACCGUCUGCUGGCGGUGUCAGGCUGCACUUGUCAGUGCUUGUUGGUGCUUGUUAGUGUACGUUCCACGAGUGAACAAAGGAUACCGUGGGGCAAUAAAAGGUGACCCUCUGAUUCUCGAAUCGUUCGAAUUCGUCGGCGUCGCGUUUCCAUUUCGCGUCGAGGUAUCGGCCGGGAUCGUCUCCGCUCGCCUCGCGUCUCGAUCCCCGAGCGGAAUUCGCGUACAACGUCACGGUGCUGAAGAUCGCGUCUGCGGUACAGGCGCUUUUGACAGCUCGCCGUGACGUGCAUUGUCGGCGAACCGCCGAUCGGUGAGUCGGCUUCGCCGUGACGGUGGUCGAUCGUGCUCGAAGGGUUCGAAGGGAGAGCCCGUCGACGAGACGUCACGACUCGAAACAGAUCCGUCGAAGCGAUAGCCUCGAUUCUCCUCCUCCUCGCAGCUCUCUGUAGUCUGUCUCUCUCGCACGCGGGAGACCUUCGGACUGAAGACAACCGCGAGUACGCGUUUUCCUUUCGCCGCGCGCCACGAAUUUUCGAACGACACUCCGCCCGAUCGCGUGUCUCCUCUUCCUUUCUCUCCCCCCCCCCCUCCCCCUCGUCGAUCGAGUUUCCGCGGCCUGUGCUGCGCGAGCUUAGGACAUGUACAGCAUGAACUAUAUCGCCAAGAUCAUCAGCAACUUCCGUCUCUUCUACAACGAGAUCAACGCCGCGACUCUCACUGGCGCGAUCGACGUCAUCGUCGUCGAGCAGCCAGACGGCUCCUACACGUGCUCGCCCUUCCAUGUCCGCUUCGGCAAGCUCGGCGUACUCCGUUCUAGAGCGAAAGUGGUUGACAUUGAGAUAAAUGGAGAGCCCAGGGAGAUUCACAUGAAACUUGGAGAUUCCGGUGAGGCGUUCUUUGUGGAAGAAGUCAGCUCGAAUGGAUCUCCAACAGACACCGAAAUCCCGCCACAUCUGGCCUGCUCGCCAAUACCUGACAAUUGCUUCCCACCGCAAAAGUUCAAUCUGUUAUCGGAUCUGCCUCAGGAACAGAGAGAGAAGAUUCUCAUAGACUCAGUACUUUCCAUAGAGUGCGAGAAAUGGGAGCAGAUGUCCGCCUUGCCGCCCGAUCAACGGGAGAAGUUUUUGAUUGAGCAGUUUUCGGAUCUUCCUGCGGAGCAUCGUGAGAAAUGGCUACAGAUUGCUUCACUGACCGCGGAAGAGCGAGACGAAAUGUUCAAGGAGAGCUUCGGCACUAUAUCCCCGGAGCAGAAGCAACAGAUGAUCAGAGAACAGUAUUCCACUUUGAAGAUGGAGGACAAGGAUAGAUUGUUCAAGGAAAAUUUUCCUGAGCUCUCAAUCGAGCAGCGGCAGAAUUUUGAGAAGGCUUUGCUGAGUGACUGGAAGGAGAAAGAGGAAGAGAAACAUGACAAAAACGAGGAUGAAGAGAUAUUCGAUAUGGAUGCUCUUGGUGAUGAGCAGCCAAAAUUGACGAUUUCUUGCCCAAAGUCUUUUGUAGCUGUCACUUCAUCUGAAAGAAUUCGCAAGAUCAGCGUGGUGAAGAAUGACUUUAGGCCAAUUACCGAUGAUCCCCAGAGCAGUAGUAAGGAGAAAUCUAGCGACGAAUCAAAUGGUUCCUUGAAUAAGAAGAAUUCGAAGGAAGAGAACGUUGAUGAGUGCAAGAGUAACAAUUCGAUUAAGAGGAAGCGCAAGAGGAAGAGCAUUAUGAAGAAGAAAGGCUCGCAGAGAAAAAGCAGUAAUGGCAGCAGCAGUCAGACAGAAUUGAGCGAGACUGAUGCAACGUUUACUGAGGAGUCAAUUAGCGAAUCGGGCCCCAUUCUGGAAGAUGAAAAGAAAAAUGUUAUCGCGGAAUUAUUGACAUCCUCCCAGGACAUAGAAAAACGUCCCGAAACCGAUUUCCAUUUUUUCAGUGAUUCAGAAGUUACCAAAAAUAAAGAAUCCAGAUCGUCUUCGCCUGUUCAAUCGGAUACGGAAUUUGAAGUACGUAAAAUCACGCAGGAGGGUAGCGAGAGGGAGGAUGAUAAGGGUCAUCAGCAGAGUUGGAGAUGGGGCGAACUACCCAGUCCACCCCCGGAGCCAGCGCAUAUGUCGCAUAGGAAUUCGUUGAGUUCUUUGGCGACAGCUAAUCAACCGAAUAAAGAUGCACAACGGUCUAUGCUCAGUGGCAUGUUCUCCUUUAUGAAGAAGACUUCUCGCGUAAGACACAAUCCAGAAUCUGAGGGGAUUUAUCUUAGCGAUCUUAAAGCCGACGAACUGGACCCCGAAGUUGCGGCUUUGUAUUUUCCAUCGUCGCAUCGAGGCCCGACGGUUAAAGACAGAAAAGGGGUGGAUGAAGAAGAUACAGAGUCGGGCAAUGGGCCAAGUCUACCUCAGAGUCCGAACAGUGUUGAGGGAGCUAUUGGCGGACCAAAGUCUCUGGAUAGCGAUUUCGAGGAACCAAAGCAUCAUAUUUUCGAUAAUAACAUAGAUAUAAGUAUGUCUUUGUGCGGUGGUUUAGACAGUGAAAAUGGACCAUCUCAGGAAGUGUUCAAUGAAAAUUUACUACACUUCGAAGACGUUUGUAAUGAUCCGAAACUGUACGAGAAUCCGAAUCUGGUUGUGAAAAUCAAUGGAAAAUUCUACAAUUGGACUACGGCUUGUCCGAUAGUGUUAACUUAUGUUGUUUUUCAAAGAUUCUUGCCACAAAGCGCAAUCGAAAAUCUAUACAUGUCGUUGCCGGUACAUGAAGAUAAGAAGCAACAGAACAUUGACAAGUCCGAGAGUCGUAGUGGAUAUAGUUCGUGGUUUUCUUGGAGGCGAUCUACUCAACCUUCUAAAAAGCCACAAGACGCUAGUCAAAAUGAUGAAACUGCUAUGCAGGCAUCUGAACAGUCUUUGGAAGUUAAGGCUGUGGCAAGUGAUGAAUUAGCUUCUACUAACAGGGAAGUAAAGACUGAGCAAAAUACAGAUUCGUCAAGCUCAACUGAGAUAGAAACUUGUACAAGAUUAACAAUCACAUCCAACGAAACUACACUUGCAAAGACUGAGAAAACACGCGAGGGCGAGGGCGAAGGGUACAGUGGCGGUGAGGAUUCUGAUAGUAAUCACAAUGAACCAGCAGGUAUCAAGAUACCUGUGGAAAGAAGACCGUAUUACGAAUCUACAGAGAAAUAUCGUAAAACUUUGCGACUAUCGUCUGAACAGAUAGCAAGUCUCGAUCUAAAGGAUGGCGCUAACGAAGUAGUUUUUAGCGUUACUACGGCUUAUCAGGGUACGAAACGCUGUAAAUGCCAUAUUUAUAAGUGGAAGUGGAAUGACAAAAUCGUCAUCUCCGACAUCGAUGGUACUAUUACGAAAUCCGAUGUGCUGGGUCACAUCUUACCGAUAGUGGGCAAGGACUGGGCUCAAUCCGGAGUUGCUCAACUAUUUACAAAGAUAAAAAAUAACGGUUACAAAUUACUGUACCUCUCAGCAAGAGCAAUCGGUCAGGCUGGAGGAACUCGGGAAUAUUUGAGAAAUUUGAGACAAGGGGAUCUGUCGCUGCCGGAAGGACCGCUAUUGUUGAAUCCUACAAGCUUAAUCUUAGCGUUUCAUCGUGAAGUGAUAGAGAAGAAGCCAGAAGAAUUUAAGAUAUCCUGUCUGAAAGAUAUUCAAGCGUUAUUCCCUGAAGGAUCCGCGCCAUUUUAUGCUGGAUAUGGAAAUCGCAUAAACGACGUAUGGGCGUAUCGAGCAGUAGGAAUUCCUAUAAUGAGGAUAUUUACCAUAAACCAUCGAGGAGAAUUAAAACAUGAAUUGACACAGACAUUCCAAUCUUCAUAUUCGAAUAUGAGCUUCAUCGUCGAUCAAGUAUUCCCGGCGUGGCGAGAAGAUGCGACAGACGAAUUCAGCACUUUCGCGUAUUGGCGAGAACCGAUACCCGAAGUACCGAAACUUGAGGAGCUCUACACUCAAGCUCAAGCUACCUAAGAAAUUUUCUUAAUUUCGCAACUGAGUCAUUUGCUUGGAUUACGAAUGACGAUUAUUAUAUUUAACUAACUUUUAUACUCUGUGCGUUAAUCGUAGUGACUUUGACAGGUGUGAUUAUUCUAUACGAGAAAGUCUCGCUAAUGUGAGCACUCUGUGUAUUGAAGAUUUGUUGUUUAGAUCUUAAGUGAUCAUGUAUAAAAAAAUCAGCCAAGAAAUUGCUUAUAUAUAUAUUAUAUAUACAUAUAUUUAUAUAUGCAUAUAUAUAUAUAUGUAAUAUAUAAAAUUGUAAUAUUUAACUUAUAUAUACAUGUAUAUGUUUAUAUCAUUCAUAUAUAAGAAUAAGUUUAUAAUGAGAAUAAGUAUUUUAUUAUAUAUAUGUAAUCUUACUUUGAAAAGUAAAUUUUAUCGAGAUGAAUGACAAAACAUUCCAGCUUCGUUACAUUUAAACAAUCUUGUGUUAAAUGAUAUCAAAUACAUUCUGUAUCUCAGUCGAAUUUAAUCACACCAGUCAAUGUACACAGCGUGCCUAGAAACUAGAUACAAUAUAGUUAUAUGCUUUACAAUGUAACGAACAGCAAGCCUUGCAUCACGCACUAUACUUCAGGAGUCUGCAAGCUGUUCCAUCUUUUGUCAGAGUCGAUGUAGAAUACUCUCUGGGAAUUGUUAAUUGAGAGUUUCUUAAUCUAGUGCGAAUCGUCUAUGUAUUUGUGGCUCCUGCUAGAAAACCUCGCUUGUUACCGCACACGUGCAAAUUUUAUACGAGCAUAUAUAAUUGUCCGCGUCGUCAUAUAUCGUCAGUUUUCUACAUUGAGAUGCGUUGGAAUUUUGCUUAGUAAUCGGUGAUGAGAUAUUCUUCUAGAAUGUAAGUUGCAGGCGGAUAAUUAAGUUAUCGCUUUUACGUUCCCUAUUUUUAGGUAGUUAUAAUUUCAGAGAGCUAUAAUUUAUUUUUGAUUAUAAGAUCUCGAUUAAGUUAGUGAGCUGUGAAAUUGCCAUAUCGUCGAAAUAAUAUACUAUCAUUUACAUUGUGAUAUUCUGAUCAAACUAGGAAUUAUGAAGUAGAUAACGUGUACAUGGAUUUCCUUUGAAUAUUUGCGUUAAGGUAGUCGUAUAACAUACGAGUCUAUAAUACGUGACCUAAUGUUUAUUUGCUAUUAUUCUCUUUUCCUCAAGCAUGGUUGUCCUCUAAUCAAAUACAUUCUACCAACUAUUGGUCUUUCAUAUGUUAUCUAAAACAUUUUUGACGUAUAGAUUACGUUAGUAUCUUUGUAAUGUUGACGAAUCUACUCCUCGUCCUUCUUGAGUCAUUGAAGCAACAAAAAAGUACAACUGUAUCCAACCAAAGAGGAUAGAGUCAUGUUUGCAAUAGAUUAUGUUCUUUAUUACGUGAUAAUACAUUCAUUAUAGGAAAAGACAGAAAAAUUAUAGUAUGGGAAUAAUUUUAAAUGCAUCUCGAUUUAGAUAAAUGUAAUGGCACAGAAUGACAGAGGAAUUUAUGAUAAAAGGAGAUAUUGUAUAUUUCGUAUUAAUUUAGAAUAGACUUUAAAUUAACUAUU